UGUUACACAUCAUGUAAGAAGAAGAGUGAGCUAUCACGUACAGUGUGUGCUUCCGGGACAACGUCGUAAUGUUUAUGAAAAAUGGCUUCUCUUGAUAGAGUUAAAGUACUGGUUUUGGGUGAUUCAGGUGUUGGGAAGUCGUCUCUUGUGCAUUUGUUGUGUCAAAAUCAAGUUCUGGGCAACCCAUCCUGGACAGUGGGUUGCUCAGUUGAUGUGCGGGUCCAUGAUUACAAAGAGGGAACUCCAGAUGAGAAGACAUUCUACAUUGAAUUAUGGGAUGUUGGAGGAUCCGUGGGCAGCGCCAGCAGUUUGAAAAGCACCCGAUCAGUUUUCUACAACUCUGUCAAUGGCAUUGUAUUAGUCCAUGACCUAACAAACAAGAAAUCCUCUCAGAAUCUGUACCGCUGGUCAUUAGAGGCCUUAAAUAAAGAUUCGUCACCCACAGGAGUUCUUGUCACAAAUGGUGACUACGACAGAGAGCAGUUCGCUGAAAACUCCCUCCCCUUGCUUGUGAUCGGGACCAAGUUUGACCAGAUCCCGGAGAACAAGCGCAAUGACGUGCUGAAGAGAACUGCCUUCCUGUCCGAAGACUUCAAUGCAGAGGAGAUAAACCUGGACUGCACAAACCCACGGUACUUUGCUGCAGGCUCAUCAAACGCUGUGAAGUUGAGCAGAUUCUUUGACAAGGUCAUAGAGAAGAGAUACUUCACUAAAGAUCCAAAUCAGAUGACUGGCUUCUCAGACAGGAAGCGCUUCAACUUCAAGAGCCUGCACUACGACUGAGCGACAUGCCAGGGGCGGACUGUCCACCUUCCCCAAAGGAGCAACCAAGAUAGGGAAACACUGUCAGGAAACAGACUGAAACAUGGAAGCUAGCAGACUGACCAAUGAAGACUCCAAUCCUGUAUGCACCACAGACGCACUCUAAUUGGAUACUAACCCCCUUUCCCCUCAGUGCCAAUGAGACGCUGUCACUCCGUACAAAUGUCUGGAAUCACUGUGGGAAAGGAGCUUUUGUACAGUAUGAAUGCAGCACUGGGGAAUGGGGGCACGGGUUAGUGGCAUUUCUGCUGAACUCUGCUGCCGAUUGGUGGAGGCCCUGCUUGGGUGUGAAGGGAAGUAAUAGCACCACAUGGGGUUACAUCAUACCCAGACCAGUGGCUUUAACCAAUCAAAUUGCCUUUUAAGAGAACCUCAAACCUGGUAAGGAUGAGGAGUUAUGUUUCCGUAAACCCCCUAAUGGCUGGAGAUGCAAAGAGCCAUCAAUUACUGACUUUAAUUCAAUCAAAACACGUUUGUCUACACCAAAUAAUUCACAGUGAGUGGUGAGUUUAAUGCUUCAGGUGAAUCCCUAUAACGUUUAAACUUGCAGUCUGUGUGGAAUGUGUUAACGGGCCAGAGCCCUUUGAACCCAGUGGCCUUUCUGACUCUCUCAGGGGAGAAAAUGAAUGUAUGGGUAAUGGUUUUGCAAACGCAGCCAUUUCUGUUGAGUUUCUUCUUUCAUUCGUCAUCCUCAAUCGGGUCUCUUUAUGGGCAUUCAGCUAAACCACGGUCUUGGUUUUCCAAGCAUUGCACUAUAUCGGAUGCAUACUCUUAAGUCCAGGAUAUUAUACAUGUAGGUCUAGAUCUGACCUAUACAUAUACAGGUCUAUACAUCUGAUAAGAGGUGGCUUUAUACUGUUUACUAUGUUUAAUCAAAGUAAAACUUGAAUGGAGAGCUGUAAAUGAGCCAGCACUGUCUUUACUAUUGUGAUUAAUGGGGUUGAUUUGCUGGUAUGUUUGUAUUAAAGAUUUAUAAAUAAAUCA